AUGGCAGCCAGCAAGCCCGAGACGAUCCGACCCGGAAUGUCGGGGGCAGAGCUGCCUAAGUUGACCGAGGCGGACGAGUUUGCAGCGAUCAAUGUCGGAGACUGGCUUCAUGGUCUUUCAGGUCCAAUGGGAGAUUUGACGGACGGUAGCUCUGGAUGGUGGAGUGAAACCAUGAGGUGCCUAGAUGUGUUCUACCAGCAGUUUGUGCAGGCGUCAGCAGUGAAGAAGCUUCAGCUGAGGGCGGAGGACUUCAUGUCGGACCAGCUGAAAGAAGGAAAAUGGCUGAGGGUUGACAAGCGGGCUGCCUCGAUGUUGCUUCAGACGGUACCGGACACGAUCAAACAGGAGCUCUUGGCAAACCGCCUCAACAGCACGCUCGGCAUUCUUGGUCGCAUUGUGACGAUCUACAGGCCGGGUUCAGCUGCCGAACGUCAACAGGUUCUGAGAGCACUAGAGAGUCCCGGCUCGGCGGCGACGCCCGCUGAGCUGGUGGAGAUUCUGCGAAAGUGGGCCAGGUGGUUGAAGAGAGCUCAAGAUCUCAGCUUGCAGGUGCCCGACCCGAGCAUCUUGCUACGGGGGCUUGAUGGGGCAGCAAAGACUCAACUGGAACGUAGCAGCGAUAUCUCCUUCCGCGCAAACAUGCUGAGGUUCAGUCUGGACUUGGACACGGCCCCGACUUUAACUACGGUCAUGAAGUACCACAACCACUUGCUUGGAGAAUAUGAACAGCAUGCAUACCGAGGGCGAGGAAAAGGAGGUGUUGCCAAUUCCCUGGCGAUUAAGAAUGUGGCUGUGGAUGGAACAGCCCCUUCACCAAAGUCAGCGGCGGCCCCGGGCGCUGCCAAGCCGUGCAAAUUCUACCUCUCUGAGGCUGGAUGUCAGAGGUCGAAUUGUAAGUUCGUUCAUGACUGGGCUAUGAUACCGCGAGAGGAGAAGACUGAGAGAUGCAAAGCAUGUGGCGGCAAAGGACACAUGAAAAGGAAUUGCCCGGUGAAGCAGUACCCUGGUGAUGGUGGCCGACGAAAUGAUGAAGGAAAGGGAGGAGGAUCACCAAAGGUUCGGCAGGCUGCAGCUGGGACACAACGGGGAGGGGAUGGAAAGAGAGAUGACGGCGCUGCCCCUACGAGCAGCUCGGCGAGCUCGAUAGCCGGAUCCUCGUUAGGUGUUCCAGGGGACACAUCGUCAAUGGCGGCGUCCUCAACGGCCUCAGCUGGGAUCCCUCCGGCCGAGGUCGACGACUUCUUGAAGAAUGCGGCACAGGUCUUAAAGAUGAUGACAGAGCAGCAGGCGAGUGAUUCCAAGAGUGGACCCUCAGUCAGAAUGCUGAAGAAGGUUGUGGCCGCGUAUGAGAAGAAGUUGGCUUUGGUGGACUCGGGCGCAACGCACCCGUUAAGACGGGCGACACCGGGUGAAUGGGAAGCUGCACCAGAAGUUGACGUGGUGGUGGCCGGAGACAGUACAGCAAAGAUGAGGCAGAGUCGAGCGGGAACUCUGCUCACUCGUCCCAGUGCGGCCCCGGACAAAACCCAAACCAUCGUUCCGGUGGGAAGCUUAGUGAGCACUCUGGGCUAUGAGAUGAUCUGGAGUAAGAAAAGAUGCUUCCUUCGUGCUCCAGAUGGCCGUGAAGUAGCUCUAAAAGUGACGUCAGGGUGCCCGGAGAUUGACGAAACCAAGGCGCUUGAGCUGAUCGCCCAGAUCGAGCAGGAGAAUCUACAGCAGCUAAAGCUACAAGUAGAACGCACAAGGCUGGCGAUGGUGAGGGCUUCAGUGGUGGAGUGUACGGGUCAACAGGAGCAGAGUCUAGAUGAUUAUGUUCGCAAGGGCAAGUUUGAGGAUGGCUACCGGGCAAUGGUCAUGGCUACCUGGGCAAGGGAUCUAGAGAAGGAGGACUUGGUGAAGGCCGUUAUGGAUCUCCCGGAGUCAGACUGCGAAGCCUGGGACCUGAUGUUCAAGCUGGGCUUUAACCGUCGUAUGAGAAAGCGGAUGAUGCACAAGGACUGGAUUGUCAAGCUGUACAGCGGAAAGAGGGGGCCGAUGGACAAAGUGUUCAAGAUGAUCGAGAACAAUGGCACGGUGGUGUUGGAUGUGGAUGUUCAGCGCCUCGCAACAUUGGACAUGAUGAACCCAGAUGAUGGGAUUAUGAAGUUGCUUUUGUGGGGUGCCGCAACGGGCCGGAUCGCGGGGAUCAUUGGAGGGUUGCCCCAGAGAAGGUCCAAAGAGCACUUGAUCCGAGCAGUGGUCUUAGCGGAGGUUGCCAAGGCAGGGCGAGCAGCUAUGUGUGGGGCGGUGGAUGUUCCAGUGGAUGGGGAGACCGACCUCUAUGGCUACCAACUUGGACGUCGUGGAGCUGCGAGGAGUACAAGAUGGUCCAAGCACUACGGGCGGUGGAUAGGAGAGCGUGGGAAAGACACCUGGCUAACGAUCAUGUACCUCAUCGUUCAGACUGUCUACAGUGCAUCCACAAUGCGACAGGGACCCAAAGGCGAGCGCUAUGGCAUCGUGUUCACCUACCAGACCACAAUCGGGGUCCCGGAAGCUCUCAAGGAACCCGAGGACGAGGAGCUCUUGAAGAAGGAUGAAGAGUACUGGGAGAAGGUCAUCGGGGAUCUCACGCAGCCAGUGGAGAUGGACACGAUUUACAUGAUAUAUCCGGUGAGAGUCAACACCAAGUACUGGACUUUGGCGAUGCAGCAUGCAGCUAACAGGAAGGUGUUUGGCAACAACAAGAAGUACGACCUCACGGACCGAUGGGAACAGGGCAAGUACCUUGGGUUGUCGGACUCGAUCAAGGGAGGACGGAUGUGGUGGAUCCUCGGCGACUUCUACAGGAGGAGGAACCAGGUGCAGCCGAUGGGGGAGUAG